AUGAACAUUAAUGCCUCCCGGGAGAAUCGAGAAUGGUGUCGCAGAAACAUCCUCGCCUACUUAGCCUCCGCAACAACGCUGGGUGUCGACAGCACCAUGAUGUAUUCAUACUGCUCAAUUGCCGAGGGAUUUUGGUACUCAAGGCGCACGUCCCAGAACAAUUCACUCGGCAACACACAUCCAUCUUCACCAUCUUUCCCGUCUUCGUCCUCAUCUUCCUCCGAGUCGAGCCGCCGCCCUUCGGCAGUACCCUACCGUUCCUCACGUUGGCCCGCUCGCUUCCUGGUCUGGACCGGCGUCGGACACAACAUUCAAUCUGAGAGGAAGUUGCCCCCAGAGCUGGGUGUUUGGCUCAUGGGAAUUACUGUCAGUGGCGUUACAGCCAUGCCCACGAGCGGGUUCUAUCUGUUGGGCAUCCAGGGCCUGGCCAUCUUGUUUGCAAAAUAA